ACUUUGUUGCAUUGUCAACUGAUUAGGAUUUAGAUCUCUUCAUAAUCCACCAACAUUACACACAACACAAGCCAAAUUCAUUAUUUAUUUUCCUCUCCUAAAUUUGUGUUAAGAUUUUAAUCAUGAAUAAAUACAGAAAUCUGAAUUAUCCUUGUCUUCUUUGUUUGUCAUGUCUACUUGUCUUCAAUGAGGCUCCUUCACUACUUCAAUGAUUUCUUCUUUUCUGUUUUGUCAUUACACAAAAAAAUAUACUUGGCAAAUCAAUUCACAUCUUACAAAUUUUCUUUCUCUUCCAUUCAUGAUCAAAAUUUGAUCUUUCCCUAACCCAUCAUAUCAUCAACAUGGGAAGAGAAAAUCUUGAUUACUUCCAUAAUCAAAACUUGCAUAUCAAUCAAAGAAACACAUUCUUGCCAAUGCUAUGUUCAAGAUCUAUAAAGGAUGUGUGUCUUCCACAGUGUAAAGACAAUUUAAGGUCUUUCUCCAAUGACCCUUUGUCCCCAAGAAUAGGUUGCAUGGGUCAGGUGAAGAAGAAUAACAAAAUAUCUGGAUUUCCAUCUUCUCAUAGAAUCAGUUUCAUUACCAAAAGUAACACUUUCUCUAUUUCAUCACCUAUUGGAAAAUAUUCCAAACUCAAAAAGCUUUUCUCUACCAAAAACUUGAGCACCACAGCAACCGUUACUGCAACCGCGGCCGCGCCUUCCACCUGUGGAAGUAGGCCGCGAGUGUCGGUAAAUAGUGGAGAAGUUUCUAGAAAGUACUGCAACCAAAAAGGUCAUAGAAAUGAGAAUAUUGUCCCUAUAAGUAUUGAAAAUAUGGAUCCUCCUCUUCCUGUGAUCAAGAGAGUGAUGAAGUUAGAGGAUGAAAAUCAGGUGGAUAGUCUUUGGAAAAGAAGGUCUGGUGAGGUAAGGUUGAAAAGUUUACAGCUUCAACAGAUUCACCAAACUAGACAUCAAUUUCAGCUAACAAGUGAUUGAUCAAUGAUCAAAUGAAACAUAUCCAAUUUUUUGUUUUAGUAAGAUAAGUUUAUACAUAUGAUAUAAUCUGCAGGUUUUGUUUAUAGUUUUUGUAUUGAAUUAUUAUUGAUCACCUUUUUGAAUUGAGGGUAUGUACCUCGCAUAAUGGAAUUAGGUAGAUUAAUGAAUAGAACAUAUAUCCAGACUUGUAUACGAUCAUAGCACCGACACCUCGGAUUGAAGGAGUGUUUGGUAUCCGGCACGUGUCAGUGAUCGACAUUAACACAAUUGGUUACAUUGAGUCACUUAUAAUUUCUUAUAUUAUUAUAGAUAUGUUUCGGUAUCUGUGUCGAGUCUGAUGUCCACGUCUAUGUUUUGUACUAAGAAAUUAGCGAUAUGGACUUUGGCUUCUGCUCAUUCAAAUGCAAUCUAGGAAACAUUACAUAAUGCACAGAAUAAUUGUCGUUCCACAAGCUCACUGUUUAAGAGAAAGGAAUGCUAUUGUUGUUGCUCUGGACCAUUCCAGUUAUAACUAUAUGUUGGGAAUUUACUUGAUUCAUUAAUGAAAUAAAAUGAUUUUUGUAUGAA